AUGACGGCAGCCGACACGGCCCGUCAGCUUGCCGAGCUGUCCUUGUUGCUGAAGGCGCUGCCGGCCCGAUAUCUGUCGGUGGCCGAGCUGCACGCCAGGGCCGAGUACGUCGACGCGGUGGACAAGUGCGGCCAGCUGGAGAGGGCAAAGGAAGCGGCCAGGAAGGACGUCGAAGACAUGAAGAAAGGUCAGCUGGGAGAGACAUCCAUAAAUCCAUCGGUCGAUCGGCUGCUCUGCUGUUCUGUCUGCGUCUUCACUUCCCCAUUCACCGAUCGGUGUGUGUGUGUGUGAGUGUCAGCGUGUGCUGAGGCUGAGGAGAGGAUCGCAUCGAUCAGACGGGAGACGCGACAAGUGCGUGUGUGUCUCUGUGUGUCUGCCCCACUCAUUCAUUCAUUCAUUCAUUUAUUCGGUGUCUCUCUCGCUGCCAGGUCUAUGCCCACAUUUCUCAACUGACCUGCGACCUCCACAAGACACAACAGGUCUGACUUCAUGACCCACACAUCCAUCCAUCCACAAAUCCUCGCUGCUGUGUGCUGUCCAUCUAUGUGUGUGCAGGAGCAGCACGAGUGCGAGGCCAAGUGGCAAUCGCUGCAAAAACGUCUGGCCGCCGCACAGCAAGUCACCAAACAAACAAAGAUGCAGACACAGACACAGAGACAGGCGAUAGAUGCUCUCGGUGUGUGUGGCUCAGGAGCAUGACGUCAUGCUCAGACACGAGGACAAGACCGCCAAAAUGACAAAUGAAAACAAAGUGAGAAGAGGCUGCUUUGGCAGCAUCUCACCUGUCUGUCUGUCUGUCUGUCUCAAGGUCUGUCUGUCUGUCUGUCAUUGUGCUUGCUGCAGAGCGAAGACGAGACACACAGUAGGCCCCCGACAAUGCGCACAAACGAGCGGCGCAACAACUACAAGAAGCAGCGCCGGUCAGCCAGCCCGUCCUCAUGGUGUCGGCCGAUGUGACUGACGCACACAAAGUGAGUGCCUAAAUUGUCCUUGGUGCGUGCAGGUCGUUUUAUGACGUCCCGCAAGUCAUCAACAGACCGACGGACGACGGCCACGCGGUGAGACAGGCGAAGGGCGUAGAUCGUGUGUGGUGACGCACGAGUUGGCGGCUGUGUGUCUUGUCUUGUGGAGUGGAUCUGUCCGACAUGAUGCAGUCGGGCGGUGUGUGAUGAGAUGUCAACCGAAUGAAGAGCUCACUUGUCAGCU